AGCAGCAGCAUCGGCGGCCGCGGGUCGGGCCUGGGAUGCCAAGAUGGCGUCGGCGGCGUCGGUGUCGGUCUUCCCCGGCGUGCGGCUCCUGACCAUCGGCGACGCCAACGGCGAGAUCCAGCGGCACCAGGAGCAGCAGGCGCUCCGCCUCGAGGCCCGCACCGGGCCUGACGCUGCCUGCCUCGCCCUCUAUAGCCAAGAUGAUGUUUGCGUGUUCAAGUGUUCUGUGUCGAAGGAGACGGAAUGCAGUCGAGUGGGCAAGCAAUCUUUCAUUAUUACACUGGGGUGUAAUAGUGUCCUUAUACAGUUCGCAACGCCAAGUGACUUCUGCUCAUUUUAUAAUAUCUUGAAAAACUGUCGGGGCCACAGCAUUGAGCAGUCUGUGUUCAGUGAGCGUACAGAAGAGUCUUCUGCUGUGCAGUACUUUCAGUUUUAUGGAUACUUAUCUCAGCAGCAAAAUAUGAUGCAGGAUUAUGUCAGAACAGGCACGUACCAGCGAGCAAUUCUGCAGAACCACAGUGACUUUAAAGACAAGAUUGUAUUAGAUGUUGGCUGUGGUUCUGGCAUCCUGUCGUUUUUCGCAGCACAGGCUGGAGCAAGAAAAAUCUAUGCAGUGGAAGCCAGUACAAUGGCUCAACAUGCAGAGGUUUUAGUAAAGAGUAAUAACCUCACUGACCGGAUCGUGGUCAUUCCUGGGAAGGUAGAGGAGGUCUCACUUCCAGAACAGGUGGACAUCAUUAUCUCUGAGCCAAUGGGGUACAUGCUUUUCAAUGAACGUAUGCUGGAGAGCUAUCUGCAUGCCAAGAAGUAUUUAAAGCCCAGUGGAAAUAUGUUUCCAACCAUUGGGGAUGUCCACUUAGCACCAUUCACAGAUGAGCAGCUCUACAUGGAACAAUUCACAAAAGCUAACUUUUGGUAUCAGCCAUCCUUCCAUGGGGUAGACUUGUCAGCACUUCGGGGUGCAGCAGUAGAUGAAUAUUUCAGGCAGCCUGUUGUGGACACCUUUGAUAUCAGGAUUCUAAUGGCCAAAUCUGUUAAAUACACAGUGAACUUCUUAGACGCCAAAGAAGCGGAUUUGCACAGGAUAGAAAUCCCGUUCAAAUUCCACAUGCUGCAUUCAGGUCUAGUCCAUGGGUUGGCUUUCUGGUUUGAUGUAGCCUUCAUCGGUUCAAUAAUGACUGUUUGGCUUUCAACUGCUCCGACAGAGCCUCUCACCCACUGGUACCAAGUUCGGUGCCUCUUUCAGUCUCCACUUUUUGCUAAGGCUGGUGACACCCUCUCAGGGACAUGCCUGCUCAUCGCAAACAAGAGGCAAAGUUACGACAUCAGUAUUGUUGCUCAAGUUGAUCAGACAGGCUCCAAGUCCAGCAACCUCCUUGACCUGAAAAACCCAUUUUUCAGGUACACAGGUACAACUCCUUCACCCCCGCCAGGCUCGCACUACACCUCUCCUUCAGAGAACAUGUGGAACACAGGUGGCGCCUACAACAUGAGCACAGGGAUGGCUGUUGCUGGGAUGCCCACAGCCUAUGAUCUCAGCAGCGUGAUUGCUGGUGGCACCAAUGUUGGCCACAACAACCUUAUUCCUCUAGCCAACACUGGGAUUGUCAAUCACACCCAUUCCCGGAUGGGAUCCAUCAUGAGUACAGGGAUUGUUCAAGGUUCAUCUAGUGGUCAAAGUGGAGGAACAUCAAGUGCUCACUAUCCUGUCAACAGUCAGUUCACUAUGGGAGGCCCAGCCAUUUCCAUGGCAUCUCCCAUGUCCAUCACAACCAACACAAUGCAUUAUGGGAGCUAAGAGACCCUCACCCCUGAUCCUCUGAACUGACAGCACCAGGAAACCAAAUGAAGAAGAAAAAAUUCCGCCCUGCCCACCUGCCUUCUGCACCUCAGUUUGGCAAUUGCUUCUCUGGAUUUCUUCUACCCCAUGUCUCCUCCCCUCCCCACCCCACCCCCCAAAAAAUUAGGCUUGCCAGAGAUGUUCUGACCCUUGUACAAUAGAAGACACCCCCCACUCGUUCUUUGAUAGCAGACUUGUACACUUUUUUAUGAAAUGUUGGAAACUUCAACUUGCUCAACCAUGACUGAGUUCCUGCGCUCACUGUGUCUUACAACCAAUCAUGUCGCUAGUGGUUAUCAUUCUUCAACUCUUCCAUGACUGAUCAGCAUUAGGCACAGGUUGUAGAGCAAAGCUGCAACAGGGCUUCUCAGCAGUACUGUGGACAGCCCAGCGGCAGUGCUAGUAACCUGAGCCUUCAUCCUUGCUCCCAGUGUUUUGAACGAAGGGCCUGCAGCUGGCUGUAGAGUGGGCACAGGCGAAAAUCCAGCUGCACAUCCUUCCAUCUACGCAUUGGUUUCUUUCACCCAACCCAACCUCUGGGUUCGUUGCUUUGCUAAGACUUAGGAGGAGGAAGUAUUUCCUGUCACGAGGGAAAAGCAAAGGCCGACAAGCCCUCAUGGCUGGCUUUGUGAGGAGUUCCGGCAACUUACUGCUGUAGAUCUUGGGCUUCCGGAAGAACAUCUGAGAUGAGAUGGACUGUUGUGCCACGAGUAUCUUAUCAGCCGGUCUGAUGAUUGCCUGUCUCGGGGGGGAAUCUCGAUGUAGCAUCAAAGGGUUAAAAAAAUUUAAAACAUGAAUGUACCAAAAAGAAAAAAAAGGUUGCUGGCUGAAAGUGAA